AUGCCUCGCGGAACUCUUGAAGUUAACCUUGUCAAUGCCAAGGGUCUUAAAAACACAGAGGUUUUUGGUAAAAUGGACCCUUAUGUCGUCAUCACCUGUAAAAAACAGCAGAAAAAGAGCACGGUGGCAACAGCAAUGGGGUCCAAUCCAGAAUGGAAUGAGAGCUUUGUGUUCGGCGUCUCCGAUGAUGUCAAUGAACUCCAUGUGAUGAUAAUGGACAAGGACACUGGGAGCAAGGAUGACUUUGUGGGAGAAUUAACUAUUCCACUGAAAACUCUCUUUGUGGAAAAGAAGCUACCACCAAUGAAGUACAAUGUCCUAAGGAACAAAAAGUACCAUGGGGAGAUUAAACUUGGCCUCACCUUCACUCCUGCGGCGGAUGGAAGGAGUCCUCCAGCAGCUAUGGUUGAUGGAACGAGUCGAGUUGCUAGGAGUUCUAUGUACUUUAAAUACAAGUGUACACUCUUGGCUUAG